UGUCUGUCUUACAGAGUGUGUCACGCUCUGCUUGCCUUCCGCUCAGCACUCAAAACUCUCCGAAGGUGUUUGUCCAGGAGAAGACUGCCAUCUUACCUCCUUCCCACCUGUAGGAUGCACUUCCUCCCGGCAACAGGCCUCAUUUAGGCCUCCUUGCUCUCGCCCACUCUGGUAUGCAACUGAUUUUCUAAGGAGAAGGCGCUUGUUCACGGCUUUCCUCCUGGAUUACUUGUGGAGAUUAGUGAUGGGGAAUGCUGCCACGGGGGCCGCCGAGCAACAGGAGCCACCUGACGGUCGUGAAGCCAGGAGCUCGGUCUCGUCUGGGAUGAGUGAGCCGACGCCCCCGGCGCUGCAGAAGAAGCAGCCGCCUCCCCCUAAGCUGCCCAAGCCUGACGAGCAGGAGCUGGAGGAGCGCUUCAAUGUGGUCCUGAGCUACAUGAACCUUCCGCCUGAUAAACUACAGCUGUUGAGUCAAUAUGACAACGACAAGAAAUGGGAGCUUGUCUGUGAUCAGGAGCGUUUCCAGGUGAAAAGCCCUCCGUCCACCUAUCCGACCAAGAUCAAGAGCUUCUACCAGGAUCAAGUGGUGGUGGCCCGCAGGAAAAAAAGAAUCCAAGAGGCCACAAAGGUCCUCAAAGAUUUGGAGAUAUCCCUUCGCACCAACCACAUUGGCUGGGUUCAGGAGUUCCUCAACGAACAGAACAAAGGUUUGGAAGUGUUGGUGGAGUACCUGUCCCAGGCCCAGAGCGAUGCCUUGUUUGACGUGGACAGCAGCGAAAACGGCAGCACCCUGGCCGACCGAUCAAGAACCCUCAAUGGAAGGUCCAUCGAAGACUUGAGCAAGACCACCAACACGACCCCUGGCAGUGGCUCCUUGCAGUCUCACGGAAUGAGCCGAGCGGCACGAGCGCUCACUGUGAGGAUUAGCUCCACUCUGGGAAACAAGAUGCUGAAGAAGUCUCACUUACCCAGCCAGAGAGAUGACGUGCACGUGUGCAUCAUGUGUCUAAGAGCGAUCAUGAACUACCAGUCUGGUUUCAACCUGGUGAUGACGCACUUGCGCUGCGUCAACGAGAUCACGCUCAGCCUACACAGCAGGAAUCAUAGGACCAAAGCCCUGGUCCUGGAGCUGCUGGCUGCCGUGUGCCUGGUCAGAGGAGGACAUGACAUCAUCCUCUCUGCGUUUGACAACUUCAGAGAGGUGAGCAGGGAGAGGAGCCGCUUUGAGAAGCUGAUGGAGUACUUCAUCAAUGACGACAGCAACAUUGACUUCAUGGUGGCCUGCAUGCAGUUCAUCAACAUUGUGGUUCAUUCUGUGGAGAACAUGAAUUUCCGCGUACACCUGCAGUAUGAGUUCACUCAGCUGGGCUUGGACAAGUAUCUGGACAGCCUGAAGGAAACAGAGAGCGAGAAGCUGCAGGUGCAGAUCCAGGCCUACCUGGACAACGUGCUGGACGUUGGUGCUCUGCUGGAGGACGCUGAGAGCAGAGGCGGCGUGCUGGAUCAUGUGGACCAACUGCAGGACCACAAUGUCAAGCUCAGUGCUCAGCUCCACGAGAUGGAGACUCAGACUGUCGAGAAGAUUUCUGAACUUGAGACUCAACUCAUGCAGGCCACCAAGGAGACGGAGCUGCUUAAGGAAAGCCUGAGAGAUUCGUGUUCUCAGGUGAGCACCUUGCAGCAGAGGGAACGGGAGAAGGAGCUGGACAGGGAGCGAGAGAAAGAGCGGGAGCGUCUGAACGUAGCUACUCCUCAGGCGCCUUCUGAGUUAGAGCAGAAGAUCCAUGAGCUGCAAGAGAGAGGGCUGAUCCGCCUGGGACGGACCGCCUCCGGGGGCCUGGACAUCCAGGUGGUGCCCAUUACAGUGACUGAUUACGUUCUGGCACCGGCGCCUCAGCCUAGCGCCACAGUCUCCUCCUCCACGCCAUCCCGUCCUGUAGUGCCUCCUCCACUUCGUCCUCAUGGUCCUCCAGCAUCUUGUCCUGGAAGAGAGACACCACUUCCUCCUCCACCACCUCCACCUGGAGGAGCACCACCACCACCACCACCCCCACCUCCUCCACUUGCUGCAGCAGCAGGACCACCACCACCGCCACCACCACCUCCUCCACCAGCUGCUGGAGGAGGGCCACCACCACCACCACCUCCUCCUCCACCUGGCGUCGGACCACCUCCUCCUCCUCCACCUGGGGUCGGACCACCACCACCUCCUCCACCUGGGGUCGGGCCCCCUCCUCCUCCACCUGGGGCUGGACCACUGCCGCCUCCUCCACCUGGGGCCGGACCACCCCCUCCUCCGGCUCCUGGAGCACCCAACACUCAGUCUGGGUUGAAAAGCAAAAAGGCCAUUCAGACCAAGUUCAGGAUGCCGCUAUUAAACUGGCAGCCUCUGAAACCAAACCAGGUCACAGGAACCAUUUUUAACGAGCUGGAUGACGAACAAGUUCUGGAGGAGCUGAACAUGGAGAUGUUUGAGGAACAGUUCAAGACGAAGGCGCAGGGAAACCCGUCAGAUCUGUCUAAAGUCAAGAAGAAGUUGGGGCAGAAGUCCCCCAGCAAGACAUCUUUGAUUGAUGCAAACAAGGCCAAGAACCUGGCCAUCACCUUACGCAAAGGCGGGAUGAGUCCUUCACAAAUCUGUACCGCCAUUGAGAUGUACGACCAGCAGUCCUUGUCCAUCGACUUCCUGGAGCUGCUGGAGCACUUCAUACCCUCAGACUUUGAGAUGAAGCUGCUACUCAACUAUGAGAAUGACGGGCGACCCCUCGACGAGCUGACGGACGAGGACCGGUUUAUUCUGCACUUUGGAAAGAUUCCUCGCCUGAGCCAGCGCAUCAACACGCUCACCUUCAUGGGGAACUUCCCCGAGAGCGUCAAGCGGCUUCAACCGCAACUCAACUCCAUCAUCGCGGCGUCCAUGUCCAUCAAAUCCUCCGCCAAGUUAAAGAAGAUCUUAGAGAUCGUGUUGGCGUUUGGGAACUACAUGAACAGCAGCAAGAGGGGGGCGGCUUACGGCUUUAGACUGCAAAGUCUCGACCUCCUUCUGGAAACAAAGUCCACCGACCGCUCGCAGACGCUGCUCCACUUCAUCACCAAUAUCAUCCUGGACAAAUACCCAGACUUGGCCAACUUCUACACAGAGCUACAUUUUGUGGACAAAGCAGCCCUCGUGUCCUUGGACAUCAUCCUGCAGGACAUCCGCUUCCUGGAGCGGGGCAUGGAGAUGACCAAGAAGGAGUUCCUGGUGCAGGACGACAGCCCCGUCUUGAAGGAGUUCAUCAAAAGCAACAGCGAGCAGUUGGAGUCGCUGAUGAAAGACAGCAAGACGGCGCAGGAGGCCUACUGCUCCGUGGUGGAGUACUUUGGUGAGAACCCCAAAACCACACAGCCGGCCACAUUCUUCCCGCUCUUCUCCCGCUUCAUCAAAGCCUACAAGAAGGCCGAGCAAGAGAUUCAUCAGAAGAAAAAGGCGGAGCUGGAUGUGAGCGAAGGAAGAGAUAGCUCACCAACCAAGAGUGGAGGUCAACGGGGUCCCUUGAUGCCUAAGUUGGACUUUAUAGCCGAGCUGAAGAGGAAGCAGGUGCAGCCCGGUGUGCGUGAAGGCAAAGAUGGAGCUUUGGAGGACAUCAUCACAGAUCUGAGGACCACGCCGUUCCGCCGCACGGAUGGUCGCCGGUCAGCUCAGCGCCAGGACACAUAAUCAACACCCAAGGCUGAAAGUACACACACACAGGAAGCAGCUUUAAGUGAAAAAACAUGAAUGUUUGUUGACAUUUGACCUUGUAAAUACAAUACCUUCAUUUUAAUCAAGAAGUUAGAAAAUGGACAUUUGGAGGCAUAUGUUAUCUAAUAAUAAUCGUUUUAAAAAGUAGUCAGUGUUUUUGUGAUUUUGCACAAGCAGGGCCACACAUGAAUUACCCCACCCCACAAAAUGAUUUUAAAUGUACCAUAUUAUAGUUUUUUUUUACACAAUAGCGUAAUUUAGCCUUGAUGCAACGUAACACAAAGAGGUUAGUUAUCGACACUAGCACAGCUAUGGGAGUGCCAACAUUACGAAGGUAGCGCUCAUUUAAAACAGACGUAUCACCAUGGUAACUUAGGUUAAACUCAUAACCUGGUCCCGACCAGGUAAUGUCCAGGCUUUCAUCGUCUAUGAACAUGCCACUGUUUCACUGUUUAGCUAAUUCGGAGAUGGCGCCACCAUUUAUUAUAAUCUACGCAGUCCACGAGGGGACAUGGAGAAAAAAAUGUAAAAAAAAAAAAAAAAGAAGAGCAUUCCCUGAUGAUAUUAUCCAUCUAUAAGCGAGAUCGAUUUUCAGAUGAGGGAAUACGCUCACACGAGCACCAGGAAUAAAAUACAAUAUAAAAUACUAAUAAUUAGGCCAACGUUAGCGGACGUAAAUGUCACAGCAGUCUCUGCGUAAGUACUCAGUCCAUUAGUCUUCUUAUAUUACAAUAUUUGCUGGAGGAAUAAGCACUCUGAGCAACUGGAAGAAAACAAGGAAAAAAAUUGUAAAAUUAAAAAAAAGGUCGCCACAAAACACAUCAACACUGCCAUCUAGUGGUCACAGUGAGGUACAACAAGACAUUUCAAAGAUUAAAAAAGAAAAGUUCUUGUUCUAAUUUAUAUUUUAAAUGGAUAAGUGUUAAAAUGUCAAAUAGCGCAAUGUUGAGCGUUGAUAAAUGAAAAGACUAGUAGAGUAUAGUUAAUAUAAUAAAUCAGUAUUAAUUUAGGCAUUACAUGCUCAGCAUUAUUCUGUCAGUGAUCCUCCCUCGCUGUACUUCUGUGUGAAACGCCCCCUUUCGUGAACGCUCCCUAAGAACAAAGCCGAGAACCGGACCUGACAAAGCUAGCUGAUAACUACCGUUGCAGUACUGUUUACCUCUGUUUGGGGAAUUUGGGUUUUGUUGAGCUGCAUCUUGAGCACCAAGCCUGGGUUGGUUGAGCCCCUUUGUCAGAAUACCCCCUAUAACAGCAACAUCAUGCUAGGUUAGGUGAAGAAAAACAAAACAAUCCAACUUACGCGCUCCCACGUCUGCAGAUGACUGACGGACAGUUGGCGGAGCUCCAGGUGUCAUUUUAAGAUUUGUCAUUUUAAGCUCUCCUGGUGGGUGUAUAAACGGGCACUAGGGACACACAUUACUGUUCAUGUAAAAAAGUCACUUUUACAUAUAAAAUGAAAAUGGGAACCUCUCAAGUUGUGCGAUCACGAAUUCCAUAUUGCCUGUACAGUUCAAGGUUGUAUGAUGGCCACAGCUUGACAGUUUCCUACAGGAAAAUUGCAUACAAAUGGGUUCCACUGUAUAACAAAAUAAACUUUACCUGAAAAAGUAAUGACUAUGUUGUGCGUUCUUUGCUCCCCCUGGGCUAGUCACACAGAAACGUUUCAGGUCAAAAUGGCAUCAGGUCAAACGGUAUUUUAUCAUUUCAGCCUCUCAUCCACACAGGAACGGCGUCACGCAAAACGGUAUUUUUUGAAAAUGGCUUCCAGAGCCGGAACAUAUAAAAACGCAGGCCUGUCGUUGCGAACG